AUGUACAGCGAGACAUUGCGACGCUACCCAGACAGCGGCCACGAAGAGCCGGCUGCUAAGACAGAUGUCCCAGCCAGAGGCACGAGCGCGCCGCACCCAAGUCCCAUCGUUCCAACACAAGGUCUUCUCGUUCUCCAGCCCAUUAUGACGGUCUCAAGGUCCUCGACCCACUCAAGUCCAGCAAGCUGGCGAGCGAGUCAUCGUCGAGAUGCUUUUGAAGGCUACAGGACGUCGUCAGCAUCGGCAGAGGCCAGAAAACGCGCUCGAAACUCACCUGUGUUUUUGCGUUAA